AUGCUCCCCCCACUCCUUACCAUCUUCCGCCGCGACUGCGAUGGCGAUGAAACCAAGUCCAGCUGCACAAAGCCCACCAGCUCAGCAGUGACGGUCGGCAUUCCCGCCGUGAUAUCAGGGGUUAUCAUCAUAACCGCCAUUAUCGUCCUGAUAGUCCUCUACCACAAGGGCAUGCGUCGCGAUGACCGCGAAGACCUAGAAGAACAACGACGCAAGUCGGGCUUCUAUGCUCGCUACGAUGCACAGCAAAAUAUCGCUGGGAAAGCACGACCAUCGAAGGGACAACCCCAUGCUUCCCAGUCACGGCGCAGCUCUGCCGAUUCGAUAUUUGAUUUCAAGCAGGAUCAAGGACGCUAUCAUAUUGCUCCGCUCCCGAGUCCCGAGCCGCCGAAGCCUGCGGCUACUAGGGUUCUUGCCUAG